AAUGCUGUAUCUGCACAUCUUUUACAGAGAUUACGCCGAUUAUCAACCAAAUACAGAACAGAGAAGAUCUACCCCACUAAUGUUGGAGAGCAGGAGGAAAACGUGAAGAAAAACCGAUAUAAAGACAUUCUGCCAUUCGACCACAGUCGUGUGAAGUUGACGUUAAAAACAUCCAACCAGGACACUGAUUACAUCAAUGCAAACUUCAUCAAGGGGAUCGGGGGGCCGGAGGCCUACAUCGCCACUCAGGGGCCACUGCCCAACACCGUGCUGGACUUCUGGAGGAUGAUCUGGGAGUACAAGGUCGCGGUCAUCGUGAUGGCGUGUCGAGAGUUUGAGAUGGGGCGGAAAAAGUGCGAGCGUUACUUCCCGCAGUUUGGAGAUGAGCCUGUGACGUUUGGUCCCUUCAGGAUCUCCUGUGAGUCUGAGCAGCCAAGGACAGAUUAUUUUAUCCGCACACUCGCAGUGGAGUUUGAUCACGAAACCCGGCGAGUGACGCAGUUUCAUUACGUGAACUGGCCCGAUCACGACGUCCCGUCAUCGUUCGAUUCAAUAUUGGACAUGAUCGCUCUGAUGAGGGAAUAUCAGGAGCAUGACGACGUUCCCAUCUGUGUCCACUGCAGUGCCGGCUGUGGACGCACAGGAGCCAUCUGUGCAAUCGACUACACAUGGAACCUCCUGAAAGCUGGGAGAAUUCCUGAAGAUUUUAACGUUUUCCAGCUGAUUCAGGAGAUGAGGACACACCGGCAUUCAGCAGUUCAGACCAAAGAGCAGUACGAGUUGGUUCAUCGAGCGAUUGCUCAGCUCUUUGAGAAACAGCUGAUGCUUUUGGAGAGUCCGACUAACUCUGAGCUCACAGACGGGAUGGAAGAGGGCAGCCCGGAAAAAUCCGCUCAGAAUUCAGAUGAGGAGAGAUGGGACACGCCCCCUCCCAAACCGCCCCGCAUCCGCAGUAAUCAGGUUGAAGGAGACGUGAAAGAGGAGAUUCUGCAGCCUCCAGAGCCGCGGCCCGUUCCGCCAAUCCUCACGCCGUCUCCGCCUUCAGCCUUCCCUACGGUCACAAACGUGCGGCAGGACAAUGACCGCUACCAUCCCAAACCCAUCCUGCACGUGCUGGCGUCAGAUCAAAACCCCGACCUCAACGAGAACUACAGUAAUCCAGGACAGAACGUCCCAGCGCCGCCCCCCGCCGACGGGCCGGACCGACGCCUGGAGCGAAAGCUGAGCAUCGAGAUCAAGAAGGUGCCGCUGACGGAGGGCCCUCGCAGCUUCGAGGGGAACAGCGUGUUGCAGCGGUCGCAUGCGUUCAAGCGCUCCAACACCAGCAGCAGCUCCAUGUCCGAGGAGUCCGACGAGCCUCCGCGACCCAACCACCUGCCGCUGAAGGGGGAGAAGGGUCACGCCGCCUGGUCCAGUCCUGAGAGAGCGGCCUCGCCCGCGGAUCGAUCGCCCAGUCCUGCGACACCAGCCGCACCCGUGAGGACGGCGCUGAGCUUCACCAACCCGCUGCAUUCGGGCUUCACUGAUGCCGAUGCUCACUCCACGGCAGCCAGCACUGUAUCAGCGGCGCAGCAGAGCGAACAUAUGCCCCGCAGGGUCACACCGAUGUCCAUCGCCAGCCAGAGCCUCCUCACACACACCUCAUCAGACUGUGACGACAGUGAAGAUUUGCCCCCGCCUGUUCCUGAGCGAACCGCUGAGUCCUUCCUAAUGGCCACAGAGGCCGCAGAUGUGAAGCCGCCGCCGGCCGAAGCGUCGUCACAGGCGUCUGCAGACACACAAGCUCCUGCUAGUCCUCCAAAGACCGAUGCUGAGCAGAAGAACGGAAAGGGUCUGGAUUCGCCUCUGAGCGUCCCGAAGGACAGGAGAGCCGAGACGGAGAUCGGAUUCAGCAGCCGCUGCUCGCAUCCCAAAGGCCCCCGGGAGCCUCCGUCGGAGUGGACGUGACCGCGGCACCCAUCCGCUGCACACGCCACGCUCCUCUCUCUUCUCUGUAGACGGACGGUCCAAGACUCUGCGCCCUCUUCUCUGACUAACACAAUCAGUAAAGCUACAAAGAUAAUCUCCCAUGAUGCACCUGUGCAGCCGCUGCUGUAGUGCUGCUCGCUGUGCUGGUGCUAAACGUCUCGCCGGGACCAGGACCUGCCUUACUCCUCCUGGACCUGUUUGUUACUCACGCAUCUUCUGCAGUAGUUUAUCCUCGGAUCAGACGGAUGAGGGCCGAGGAGCUGCUGCCUCAUUAACGGUGUCUCAUGCGUGUUCAGGGCGAGCCGUGAAUAAUGAUGCAAACGUACUAUCACUGAAUAUAUUAAUGCGAUGUAAGACGUCUGUGCAUGAAAACGUCACGUGUACCUCAAACUGUAAGUUAUUUGCCCUCCUGUUAGAACAAACCUUUUCAGUGUUGUGUUUUCUUUUCUCGCCGUUUCUUUGCGUUGGUCAGGCCGGCGCGUACCGGCCGCUUCACAAGACGCUGGAGAUUGUGAUGAUGCUUUUUGUAAAUUGUAUUCUAGAGGUUAUUUUUGUAUGUCAUUUUCUCACCUCACGAACAACACCGACAGCUCGCCCGUACCUUUUUUUGUUUUUCAUUUUACUGUGUGUUUGAGACGCAGAGAGAGAACGUGUGCGAGCUGCACAAAGUCACAUUUAAACCUCAUGUUUACUCGACCUUCCAACACAGACCUGUCAAUCAAUCAAUCAAUCAACAUGUCAGUAAAACAUUAGGAGGAA